AUGGAAGGCAGCAUUAGACCGCUCGGCUUGGGUGGGCAUAGCUCCUCUCCACUCUCCGUCGGGGGCUUACAGAUGCCCGCUUCCCUUCUGCGCCCUCCGCCUCUCUUUCUCCGAGCUGCUGCCUGUAAACCGUCGAUGGAGAGGGGCUACCCCCGAACCCCGAAAUGCGCACGGUGCAGGAACCACGGCGUGGUGUCCGCUCUGAAAGGCCACAAGCGCUUCUGUCGUUGGAGAGACUGCGUGUGCGCAAAGUGCACCCUGAUAGCGGAGAGGCAGCGGGUGAUGGCUGCACAGGUGGCACUCAGGAGACAACAGGCGCAGGAGGAGAGCGAGGCCCGGGAGCUCCAGUUCAUGUACACCGGCUCCGGGGCGGGGGAGACCGGACUGACCAUGGCAUCUGGGGUACAGCGAUCUGGAAACACCGUGCCAAGUAUAUCUAGUUAUGAUGUUUUUGGAACUGAGGACCAAAAAGACGAUGACAAACUGACCAAGUACAACCUAAGCAACGGAUUCAUGGGCCGAACGUUCUAUGCGCCUCACACCGCACCACUGUCCCCUCCAUUGGGAAAGAACGAGACCUCUCCUAAUCAAGAGAAAAAACAGGCGGUCUUCGACAAGGAGAGUGGCAGUCAGUCGGCUGCUUUUGACCAGCUGUCAGACCACACAGAGAGCCCAAGGUCUCUGUCAUCCUCGGACCUCGAGUCGGGCAGCGAGUCCGAGCGGCCCAAGGACUAUCCUUCACUUGAGAUUACCGAGCCCGGUUGCGCGUCAAAGGACCGGGACCCCACCGAGGUCAUGGCCAAAAUAUUCCCCCAUCACAAGCGGGGUACUUUGGAAUCGGUGGUGAAAACUUGCAGAGGGGACAUCGUGAAGGCUAUUGAACUAGUUCUAAGCUCCAAAGAGAACAAAUGCAACUCGGAUAGCGUCGGUCUAUCUCUGUCUGUUCACUCAAAUGAACCAAGGCCUAAUUUUGGAAUUCCAGGGGUAGCAUUGGGGGCUCUGGGUACCAAGUCUGCUUUUUCCCCAUUGCAAACCACGCCAACACCUGCCGGAGGCGAAAGUAUGUACGGGCUGAGUCCUCGCUUUGGUAUUAAUCCUUUGCGUCUGGCCUACUCAACUGCAGGUGGUGGCAUACCUAAUUUCAUGUCACCGUAUGUGACGUCCGGACUGAUGCCAGUUUUCCCAUUUCGCCCGCCGUUGGACUAUUCUUUCCCGGGCAUGAUGCGAGACCUCUCCUAUCUGCAGAGUAAAGACUCCCUAUGUAACACCGGCAUAUACUCUCGUAUAAAUCAUGAGAAAUAA